AUGCGCCGCAAGUUCCAGUACAAGGUCUUGAAGUCUAACAAGCUGAUAUAUACGAUUGGCUGCAUUGCAGAAAACUAUACUUGGAGGAUGCACGCUUCAAAACUUAACGGCAUAGGGAUGUUCAAGAUCAAGACAUACAACUCGAAGCAUACAUGUACCACGUCGUUUGAGGCGAUACACGAAUCUGAGACCACGAUCGCGGAUAACCGUACCGAUAUAGUGACCUCGAAGAGGAAGGAGAGAGAUCAUCGCCAAGCCACCAGUUUGAUAAGCAGUGAGUUUGGCGUCGGUUGUAUGAGCUCAGGGCUGACCUGCACGGCAAAGGAAAUUCAAUAUCGUAUGAGUGAGAUGUACGGUGUUGAGAUCAGUUACAAGAAAGUGUGGAAGGGUAAAGAGAUAGCAACCAAACAAGUCUUGGGAUCCUACGAGGGUUCUUAUAAUGAGCUCCCGAUAUAUCUUCACGAGUUGGAAAAGGCCAAUUUAGGGACUGUGACGGAGUUGCAGGUGAAUGAGGGGACAAAUAGUUUCGAACGAUGCUUUAUUAAGCUUGAGCAGUGCAUCAAAAGCCUAAUUUUACAUGUUCGGAGGGUGUUGUGUGUUGAUGUUGCACAUUUAACAGGAAGGUACAAGGGCGUUCCCUUCAUGGCUACUGCAUUGGAUGGAAACAAUCACAUCCUCCCUGUGGCGUAUGGGAUCGGAGAAUCUGAGAACAAUAGUAGUUGGAGGUGGUUCUUUGGGAUUUUAUCCAAGAUAAUCGGGAAUCUUCCAGGACUAGUGAUAGUGUCAGAUCGUCACAAAGGAUUAGUUAGUGAAGUCCCUAACAUGUUCCCGCAGGCGAUCCAUGGAUAUUGUGCUCAUCACAUACUUGGAAACAUGAAGAAGGCAUGUUCAGAUGAUUCUAUGAGGGAAUACUUUUGGGGUGCUGUUAAGACAUACCGGACAUUAAUGUUUUGGGAGAUGAUGCGAUGCAUUCAAAUGUUGAAUCCCAUAGUGUAUCAGUUCCUCAAUGGUAUAGAAAAAGAAAGAUGGGCGACCGCUUUCUUUCCUGGCAUGCGAUAUAACAUCGUCACCACCAACAUUAUGGAAAGCAUGAAUGCAUUUUUUGUAAAUGCAUGA